AUGGAAGAACCUCCGGUAGGAGGGGCGGUUUUGCUUUUGGCACCCAUAGCGCCAGAAGUUUGUGAAAUCAUCAUUUCUGGGCUCGCCGCUGUGAUCAGCGGCGCGGCUGCUGUUGAAAUCGGUAAAACACUUGGAAUAACAUGGGAUGGGGUUGCUGAGAAUUGGAAUAAUUUCUUAUUAGACAUGCAAAACGAGCUCGACAAGGUAUUUGCCCUACAGUGGGUAAAAACAGCGAAUCACAAGGGCAUAGCGGCAAUUGACGCAGUAUACGAGCAUUAUACCACCUUAGGAUCACCAAAAGGUAAAGAUGAUAAGUGGUAUUUUGAAGCUCGUGAGAAUCAUGGUAAGGUUGAGGUUAACCUUGACCGGUUAACCGAAGAACAGGCCGUGAAGAAAAUGGAGGAGGGUAAGGAUAUCAUGACAUUGGACAAGGAUUUAGCCAAAAAAGUCAUAACCCUGUUCAAAAACGGGGGCUCGGGGAGAGUGGGAAGUUUAAAAGCCGAAAAGGCCCAUCACAACCAUCAGAAAACGGACGGGCAUUAUGAUCACAUGCAUUACGAGAACGGGUAUAUUCAGGUCACCCGUGACGACACAGACGAGACGCAGGAAAUCCGGAUUAAUGCAUAUCAGAACGACGGCACUCUAAUCAAGAGCGCCCGGCACCUCUACAAUAUCAAGUAUGAUUAUUUCCGGGAUCAGGUGUGGAAAGGGGCCGCACCCAUUCAGGAUGAGAUACCCAUAUCAUUCGGGUAUGGACAUUUGCAAUGGGAGGAUGUAUACGGGGCGAAACUGUUUGAUGAGGACUGGGAGAAUCCCUAUCCAGACAAUUACGAACCGGUAAACCCGAACGGAACCUACAUUUUCCGGCAUCAUGGGCUGUUGUGUUCUUUUUUCUGUGUUGAAUUAAACACCUCCUUUGAUGUGAAUUUCUACGUUUGGGAAGAACUUGAUGAAGACCGGAAGCCCGGUUUAAAUCUCGUGACGGCCGUCCGGCCCAUGAACCCGCGUUAUAUCGACGACGACCGAGAAGAGGAACAGAAGGCAAUGAAGAACUUUGAUCCGGAGAAAGCCCGGCAGCAGCGGAUUGAAGAGACAAAGCGCAAUACCCAGUAUCUCCGUUGUGAAUUUGAGAAACCCGAAUACCAAAACGCCGUAAAAGCCGUACAUGCAAAGGAGAUUGAUAUAGAAGUUCCAUUAGACCCGCGUUUUAUUGACUGA